CUUCUUCGACAAGGUUGUCUUCGUGUUCACGGUCUGCGUACUUUCAUCCUUGAUGAGGCGGAUGAGAUGCUCAACCAAGGCUUGCGUCACCAGCUUGAGGAUAUUUACCGUCAACUUCCUGGCGCUCGCCCAUUAGCCGAACGUGAUGACCUUGGUAAUGACAUUGACCCACAUCCCUGGAUUUCCUACCAGAAACAACUUCAGGUUAUCCUUGUCUCAGCCACUCUUCCACAAAGCUGUCUUGGCCUGAUGCACCAGUUCAUGCAUGAUCCAAUUCGUAUUUUCGUGCCUAGGUACAGAGAUGCUCGUUCAUUCUCGCAUGAAAUUUUACUACUUACUAAAUUAUACUUAAUUUAG